GGAGAUCCUACAGCGAAAUGGCUGGUCCAAAGUUAAACCCCAAGCUAAAGCUCAUACUCCUGACCAUUACAGGCCUGUAUGGUGGAUAUGCGAUACACCAGUUUACGCAGCGACGAACAGAUUUAGAGCUUGAACAAAAGGUGCAGACUGCCAAACGGUAUACAGACGAGGAGAUAUUGGCAAAAUGGGAAGCGGAUCGGGCAAAGCAAUCCAAAACAGCAUGAUCUUCUAAUUAUGAAGUCCGCAUCGUACCGGACCGAGGCGAUCCAUUCCCCAGUUUAGCUAAUGUGCCCAUGCAGCUUAGAAGUCUUCGCGACCUAUUAGCGGGUUAGAAAAGUCCGAUUGAUCUGACGUAUCAAGCUAAGGCAGGAAUGUCAAGUUGCUAGAAUAGAGGUGGAUGAGGGUUGUAUCCACGGGAAGUUAUCCAAAAGUGCCCCUCAGCAGGUACUUACAAAAGAGUCAAUUAGGGGUGACGGCCCCCAAUAAAUGAUGCUGUGCUUGUGCGCUGCAGGAUGGAAUCUGAGA